GAUACGGAACGGUACGUAGUACACUCGUUGGUAUUCCAGUGUUAAAACAUGAAAAGCUACGCUGGAAAAAGGACAACGGUUAAAUAGAAGAUACCAACACUAUUGGUAUCCAGCGGCAUACGAAAAAACAACUCUGACUCCGAUUCCGACUCUAAACUCCGUUUGGCAUAAUUCUCCGUACACAAACACACACGCACACACACACAUUCGUUCAUACACACGCGUACUAGAACACCAACACACUCACGCGAAGCGUAGCAAAAAGUCGAUUUUCCACCAACAAAAAAAAGAAAACCAUAGAUUGAAGUUUGUUGUAUAUGUGCAAAACUUUAAAUUGCUGACCAUAAAAUGCAAUUGCGAUAGCAAACGAUAGAAAAUCGUAAAGAACACGGGAAAACGUUAAAACUUCAUAGAGAUGUAGACAAAGUGUGUGAGAGCUUUGAUUUUGCUGCGAUUCCCCCCACCCCCCUUCAAAUAAAAUUGUGUUUUUUCCCCCUCCAUCUAUAUAAAUAUAUAUAUAUAUGUUUUUUGUUGGUGUGCGUUAUUUGUGCUGAGCUCAUCCACAAACGCAAAAAAAAAGGGAUAAGGGGAAGAAAAGUUUUUUUUUUCUAUUUUGGCCCUAAAAGUGAACAACGUCCUGCCCCAUAGCCAAUCCCCCGCGCCUUCCGCCCUACGUAAGGAGAAGAAGAAAAAGGUUUUGUGAUAUUUUGUGUGUGUGAGUGUUCUUUUUUGUUUUGCUGAUGUGUUACGGUUCAUAAUGAGCCGUGUGACUUUAGGCCUCCAUGGCCAUUGAACGGGUAAACGGUGUAGGAGCAACCAUUACGUUUAACGUCCAUCCUCGAGCACAACGAUUUGCCUUAGAGCAAAAUAAAAACAACCACAACGGCGGACCAGGACGAACUCUAGGACGAGCACAUGGCGAGCUGGAGCAUCUUGUGUGCAACGCUGCUGGCCUGGCUGACGUUACUGACGGCAACCCACUCGGUACGCAUUACCAAUCUGCGUGUGCCACAUACCUACACACUAGAACGUGAUAUCGAGCCCGAUCCUCUCGUGCUCGACUGUGAAUAUGAGAUAGGUCCGCGUGAGAAGGGAUUUGUCCUAAAGUGGCUGUUUAACAAUCACUCCAUCUAUCAAUGGAUACCCUCAGUCAAGGGUUUUGCCAUGGGCUUCAUGAAGGCCAAGAUAGAUACGAAAAUAUUCACCAUGGAGGGCAGUCCCGGUGUUAUAUCGAUAAAGAAUCCCGACUGGAACAUGACGGGGGAGUAUACAUGUGCGGUGCAAACCUUUGAGUCCACGGAUAAGCGAAGUGCCCGCUUACAAAUCAUUGUUCCUGAAUCGGAUUUCAUGCUGGAGGCACGCAUGGGCGGCGAACACACAGAUGUGGACAUAAUGUGUGCGGUUCAACAUGUUUUCCCCCAGCCAGUGUUAUCUGUCAUCUUUGAUACACACAUACUGGACUCGGUGCUUACGCAACUGGAUCAAGAUCCAAGCGGCCUGUAUAGCAUGACCGUAAGGACGCGAAUACCACGAGAUCAACUAGAAUCCCCUACACCGAUAACCUGUGCGUUUUUCCUGCUUGGCACAAACUAUACCAAACGCAGGGAGACUAUUUUCUAUGAUAAGGCCACAAAUAUACAACGCAAAUGGACAACAGUCGCCGUAGUUAUGUCGAUCGCAUCCUUAGCUUUAAGCAGUUAGUUUCUUAGUGUUAAACAUUUUUAGAUUUGUUCAUAUUUGGGUUUUUCAUUUUAUUCACCCCUUUUUCUUAUAGAGUGUUUUCUUGUCAUUUCAUUUUUGAAUAGAACUUUUAAAAAAAACAAAUAACAAAAAAACGGAUAAACGUAAUUUUUUUGCGGUAUUUUUAAAAAAAGCGCUUAUUUUGUAAAUGCAUAUAAAUGUAAGUAUACAAAACAAAAACAAAAACAAAAAAACAAAAAACAAACUAGACCCACAUACAUACAAUAUAUACAAUACAUACAUAAACACAGUCACACACAUACACGUACACAGAAAGACAACUAAACGACAAAAGUAAAUACAAAUUAUUGUAUUCAUAUAUUUACCACAUAAAUAAAUAUAUAUAUACAUAUAUAUAUAAAUAGUUAUAUGAGAUGUAUAGGUCUAAUUGAGUAAUGAAAUGCUAAUAAAAAAACAAACAAACAAACGAA